UAUUAGAGCGACUGAGUGGCGACCCGGAGCCGAGACUGACGGACACGAACUAUGGAGGCCAACAGGGGGCAGGUGAACCAUGAACUCUCCAAGCUGUUUAAUGAGCUGUGGGACGCGGACGUGAACCGGAUGAAGGCCGGGAAGGAUUAUCGGAUCUCCUUGCAGGGUAAAGCAGGGUACGUACCCGCCCGCUCCAACCAGGCCAAGGACAGCGCCUCGUACCCGCUCUUCCAGUUCGUCGAUGAGGAGAAGCUGAAGAGCAAAAAGACGUUUGCAACCUUCAUUUCCCUGCUGGACAAUUAUGAGAUGGACACGGGGGUGGCCGAGGUUGUGACUCCGGAGGAAAUCGCUGAAAACAACAACUUCCUGGACGCCAUUCUGGAAACCAAAGUGAUGAAGAUGGCACAUGACUACCUGGUGAGGAAGAACCAAGCCAAACCCUCCCAGAAUGACUUCAAGGUCCAACUGUACAGCAUCUGGUUCCAGCUGUACUCCCGGGCCCCAGGGAGCAGGCCCGAUUCGUGCGGCUUUGAGCACGUGUUUGUGGGAGAAUCUAAGAGAGGGAAGGAGAUGAUGGGGCUUCACAACUGGGUCCAGUUUUACCUUCAGGAGAAGAGGAAGAACAUUGACUACAAAGGAUACGUGGCUCGGCAGAACAAGAGUCGGCCGGAUGAAGAUGAUCAGGUGUUGAACCUGCAGUUCAGUUGGAAGGAGAUGGUGAAACCCGUCGGCAGCAGCUUCAUUGGCGUCAGCCCGGAGUUCGAAUUCGCCCUUUACACCAUCGUCUUCCUCGCGUCUCAGGCGAAGAUGAGCAGAGAAGUCAUUCGGUUGGAAGAAUACGAACUGCAGAUCGUCGUCAAUCGCCACGGCCGUUAUAUAGGGACCGCCUACCCUGCCCUCCUGAGCACCAAUAACCCAGAUCUGUACUGAGGGGCGGGGCCAGAGGCCGCAGCCUGUUGCCAGCCAAUCAGCUUGGGUAAAUUUACUGCGGAUAUGCACCAAUGCAACAACAAUGCAAACUCUACACUGGUUGCCAUGGAAACAAGCCAGUGUGAUUUUUGCACCCAUGCCAGUUACUAACCUGCUGCCUCUUUUACAGCAGAACAAAUGUGAAAGUUCUGUAUUGUACAUUUACUUGAUAUUAAUUGGGGGGAUUUGUUUUCUCUCCAGCCUAUAUUUGACAUGUUUACCAAGGAAUGGACGACUCCCUGUGCCUUUCUAAAUGCAUUUAUUUUGUUUGAAAUGCUGUGUGCUUUGCCUUUAAACAUUAAAAGUCAAUGAGACUAUUGUAUCCAA